AUGGAGUGUGAGAGACACAGAAAGAGUGUGAGACAGAGUGUGAGUGUGAGACAGAGCGACAGAGACAGAGAGUGUGAGAGUGAGACAGAAAGAGACAGUGUGAGAAUGAGACAGACAGAGACUGAGAAUGAGACAGAGUGUGAGAGUGAUACAGAGACAGAGACAGAGUGUGAGAGAGAGCCAUUGACAUUUGGGGAUGUGGCCAUUUAUUUCUCUGAGGAGGAAUGGGAAUGCCUGGAUCCUGCUCAGCAGAAUUUAUAUAGAGAAGUGAUGUUGGAGACCUACAGCAACCUGGUCUUUGUGGGCAUGACUUCUCAUCAUCCUCGAGAAAUUUUUCCAGAGCAAGGAAUAAAAGAGAGACUGGGAAGAUUUGGAAUGAUUCAUACUGGAGAGAAGCCCUACAAAUGUAAAGUGUGUUGCAAAAGUUUUAACAAAAACUCACAGCUUUAUUGCCAUAACAGGAUUCAUACUGGACAGAAGCCCUACAAAUGUAAAGUGUGUGACAAGAGUUUUACUCAAAGAGGAUCACUUACUCAACACGAGCGAAUCCACACUGGAGAGAAGCCCUACGAAUGUAAAGAAUGUGGCAAAACUUUUAGGCAAAUAUCGUCACUUACUCAACACCAGAGAAUCCAUACUGGAGAAAAGCCCUACAGCUGUAAACAAUGUGGCAAAGAUUUUAAGAGAACCUCAAACCUUAAUCGUCACAAAAUAAUUCAUACUGGAGAGAAGCCCUACAAAUGUCGAGAAUGCGGCAAAGCUUUUAAUACAAUCUCACACCUUAGUUGCCACAAGAGGAUUCAUACUGGUGAGAAGCCCUACAAAUGUGAAGAAUGUGGCAGGGAUUUUAAUCAAAAAUCAUCACUUACUCGACACCAGAAAACCCAUCCUAGAGAGAAGUCCUAUAAAUGUGAAGAAUGUGAAUACCAAGAGGACAUGAGGAGGGUUGGCAGUAGUGGUGAAGCUGAGCUAUGUGAUGAGGACAACCCCAAGCU